GCAGUUCUUUUGUGUGUGCGAGAGAGAAGAAUACGUUUCCUGUCCGCUGUUCUCAGGUAGCCGUUUUGUUGCUUUUCUUUCUCUCUCUAAAACUACACAACACACGCUCUCUCUGAGAUGCCAUUAGCUUUCCUCUUUUUCGUAUUCUGCCCUCUCUCUUAUUAAAAGCACAUUGUCAGAGCAUUGUAGUGUUGUUGAGGAGGGAGGAGAGAGGAGAGAGGAGAGAAAUUAAGCUUGAGCUAGAGAGAGAGAGAGUGAUCGAUCAUAAAUGGGAUCGUCGUCGGGGCAAAGCAACAGUUACGACCUGUCAUUCAAGAUCCUGUUGAUCGGCGACUCUGGCGUCGGUAAAAGCAGCCUUCUCGUCAGUUUCAUCUCUAACUCAGCUGAAGAUCUCGCACCUACAAUCGGUGUGGAUUUUAAAAUCAAGCUACUUAGAGUUGGUGGGAAAAGAUUGAAGCUUACGGUUUGGGAUACUGCUGGACAGGAGAGGUUCAGAACGUUAACAAGCUCUUACUAUAGAGGUGCCCAGGGGAUUAUUCUUGUUUAUGAUGUGACACGGAGGGAAACAUUUACAAAUUUAUCUGAUGUAUGGGCUAAGGAAAUAGAUCUUUACUCCACUAAUCAGGAUUGCGUCAAGAUGCUUGUUGGAAACAAAGUUGAUAGAGAAUCAGAAAGGGUUGUAAAUAGAGAAGAAGGGAUUGCCCUUGCAAAAGAGCAUGGAUGUCUGUUUCUUGAAUGUAGUGCUAAAACUCGAGAAAAAGUGGAGAAAUGCUUCGAAGAGCUUGCCUUAAAGAUAAUGGAAGUUCCUAGUCUUCUGGAAGAAGGAUCUACUGCAGUGAAGAGAAAUAUCUUAAAACAGAAGCAAGAACACCAGCAACCUCCUCACAGUAGUUGUUGCUCAUAAAUGCAGGAGCCUUUGAUUUGGAAAGACGUGUAUUAAAGGAAGCCCUCAUGCUGGUACUGCCCAUGGCGCGCACACAGCUUAUGUAUAUGUUUUUUUUUUUUUUUGUUUUUAAUAACCCCUUACUGCUGCUGUUGUGCUUCGGUUGUGCCAGUCACUGGUGCUGCUGUUCCGGGAGUAUUGGCACUAAAAUAACAUUGGUUAGCUUGUGUAAAGUUGGUUGCCCUUUUUGGUCUUUAUUCUUGUUUAUUGUCAUCUAAGUUGCUAUUGAAACAAAUUCACAUUUGUUUAUUUUAUUUUUCCUACUUUUAUGCUUUGAAA